AUGGUAUUCUAUCGGAAAAAGCAGCAGACCAACUCUGGAGUUGACCAGAACUUAGAAGAGAAGGGUUCAAAGGCAAUACUGCACCUUCCUCAAGAACAGGGAUGCCACACAGGUACUUCCAGAGACCAGUUCUGCCAGAAGAGGGAAAAGUCCAGAAAUAGCUUCUCAGACAGAACAAACAACCUGUCAGCCACAAAAGCUGAUAAAAGCAGAAUCUCUUGGCAGACUUUCUAUCCAUCCUGCCUCAUCCACAGUCAAGCAACUCAAACCUUCACAAAUGCAAGGGCAGUAGAAGGGCAAGAAAACACUCUGGAAGGAGACGUGUUCUCUCAGGAAAGCUUUGAGUGCAGGUUGGCAGAAGUAGAGGAAGCACCAGAACAGCAAACACCUAUUGCCAAAAUAGGCGGAACUGCCACGAAACUGGCUGCAGACCAACCAAAUGGCCAAUCACCUCAGGCCCCUAUUCAUAACAGCAAACUUUGGAGGGAUUCCUAUUCCCAAGGUGAUGGUAGAUGGAGGUCAGCUAUUAGUCUUCUACCUCACAGAUUUUGCCAUCUGGGAAUUAGGCUCAAAUGUGUUCGGAGUGCUCCAAAUAUGAGAUUUCAUCAAGAAAAUCAAAAGCAUCUUCAGGAUCUUUAUACAUAA